AUGUUGCAGAUAUCAGCCCAGCUAUGGCUGUCACUCUGCCUCAUCGGGCUCGGGAGAGCCGCAAGCAUCGUUUAUGUUACUGAUCUUUCCAUUUACACAUUGCUGGCACCAUGCGUACAGACUGCAGUCUCGUACAACAUCUUUUCCCAGACCUACACGGCGUGCGGCGAAGCACCGACAGACUUGCAGUCAUGCAUAUGUACGAAAAACAACAACCUCGCCGCCAUCUCAACGUCCAUCUCCAAAUCAAUCAGCUACAACUGCGGCUCUACGGCGUCCGACGACCAGGCCAGCGCCGCGGCAGUUAUUAGCCAGUACUGUAACCCCGAUGCGACAGUCAACUUUGCGACACCGACGACCAACCUCGUGACAAAGUAUGCGACCGAUAUCGCCGAGUUCGCCAAUAUGGCCCCGUGUGCCCAGUCUGGCGUGUCGUACGCGAUCAGCUCCAUGUCGACAUUUUGCCCCGAAGCCGCAAGUCUGAUGGCGCCGUGCAUCUGCUCAAAGAACGACAACUCGGCACGCGUCAGCCGGUCCAUCGCGUCCCUUGUCCGAUACUCAUGCUCCAACGCGGCCGACGUCACUUCUGGUCUUGCAUUCUAUGAUGCAUAUUGCGCCAUGAACAAGGGCACCACAUCAUUCCCGCAGCCCUCGCCGCCUCCAGGGGACAUGACGUACUACAUGACAGCGCUCUCCCAAUACAACUCGCUGGCUCCUUGUGCGCAGUCGGGGUUUUCGGAUGCCAUCUACUCGCUCACGCGGUAUCAGUGUCCGACAGGACCCCAGGCCCUGGCUUCCUGUAUGUGCUUGAAGGAGGGAGUGACCAACAUCGUCAUGAGUACGGUGACAUCAGACAUCAAAUGGUACUGCUCAUCCACUGCUACGGAUGACGUAUCUUCUGCGCUCGCCGUAUUGGAUUACUACUGUAAGGCGGCUAGGAACGAGGUUGUGGCUACCGUGACUGAAUCCAUUGCCCAGACGUAUCCAACAGCUCAAGCAGGCACAGGAUCGAAGACAUCAGGAGCCCAGGCUACUAGCACUGGGUCAUCGGGCACUGCUGGGGAUAGCACGGAGACCAAUGGCAAAUCAAAAUCCAGUAAUCCAAGCAUGGCAGCCAUCAUCGGAGGUGUAAUCGCUGUCGUCGGUGCCCUAUCCAUCGCCGGCCUCGUCGCCUUCAUCAUCUACCGCCGCAGGAAGAAGAACGAGGCCAGAUUUCCGCUUUCCUCGAGACUCGGCCCUCCCGAAAUGACAGGCCCUCCCGAAAUAGGAGGGACGAUGCUGUCCGAGCUGCCGCCCAAAAGCCCUCAAAUGAGCGUCUCUUACACGGGAUCCCCGCGACCAGACACGGUGUCACCCGCGUCCAAUACGGGGGGCGCGUGGGCUCCGUCUCCCACUGGCGCGGAACUCCACGGUCAAACGAGACUGCCGCCCGAGAUGCCGGCCAACACCAACGGUCAACUGCAGCCUGCAGGGCCACAUUUGCCUUUGGAGCUGCAAGGGCAGCAGGACCAACUGAGUUAUGCGCAGCAGCAGCAGCAGCCGUAUGGUCAGAGCCUGCCACUGCCACCCGAGCUUCAGACCAGCUACGUCCAGCCACAGGUUCAAAAUAGCCUAGCCGAGGCCCAUGGGCAACCAAUUCAUCAGCUACCGAGCGGACCGCAGGCGAUAUACCCGGGGCAAGGACAAGAGAGGGCGGAGCUUCAAGGAAUGGGAUGGCAUGCUGGUCCGACGCCAGGAUAUUCUGAGAUGGAUGGAGGACAGCAGCGACGAUGA